CUUGGGAGUUGUAGUACAGAUCCAGUCAGGGCUGGAACCAUGGCGGUGACCAAGGAGCUCUUACAGAUGGACCUGUACGCCCUGCUAGGUAUUGAGGAGGAAGCGGCGGACAAAGAGGUGAAGAAGGCGUUUAGGCAGAAGGCCCUCUCCUGCCACCCAGACAAAAAUCCAGAUAAUCCCAGAGCAGCGGAACUCUUCCACCAGCUAUCUCAGGCUUUGGAGGUGCUGACUGAUGCUGCAGCCAGAGCUGCGUAUGACAAGGUCAGGAAAGUCAAGAAGCAGGCAGCAGAGAGGACCCAAAAACUUGAUGACAGAAGGAAGAAAGUGAAACUUGACCUGGAGGCCCGAGAACGGCAGGCCCAGGCCCAGGGGAGUGAGGAGGAGGAAGAAAGCCGGACCACCAGGACACUAGAGCAAGAGAUCGAACGCCUACGAGAAGAGGGCUCCCGGCAACUGGAGGAACAGCAGAAGCUGAUCAAGGAGCAGAUACGCCAAGAACGUGACCAGAGGUUGAGAGGAAAGUCAGAAAAUACUGAAGGCAAAGGAACCCCCAAGCUGAAGCUAAAAUGGAAGUGCAGGAAGGAGGAUGAGUCAAAGGGCGGCUACUCCAAAGAUGUCCUCCUGCGGCUUUUGCAAAAGUAUGGUGAGGUUCUUAACCUGGUGCUUUCCAGUAAGAAGGCAGGCACUGCCGUGGUGGAGUUUGCAACUGUCAAGGCUGCGGAGCUGGCUGUCCAGAAUGAAGCUGGUCUGGUUGAUAACCCUUUGAAGAUUUCCUGGCUGGAGGGACAGCCCCAGGGCACGGGGGACCCCAGGCACCCAGGACUGUCAAAGGGUUCAGUGCUGUCGGAGAGGGACUAUGAGAGCCUGGUCAUGAUGCGCAUGCGACAGGCCGCCGAGCGGCAACAGCUCAUCGCCCAGAUGCAGCAGGAAGACAAACAGGGGCAGCCCCCAUAGCCCCAGCGCCUGCCCUCCCAGCCCAGCCCUUUUCUUAAACAUGACCAAUAAACUUUUUUUAAAGAGUC